AAGUUACUUAUCUGGUCCAUAUUACUGCUAUUGUUGUCUGACAUGUUUUUAAUCCUUACUUGGCAAUGGAAUGGAAGGAUUUGGUGGGGUUGAAUUACCCGCGGAGCACAUUGCUACAUCGAAUGUGUGAGCAACACUGAGCGGUACUGAGCGGUUUUAAUAUGAACGAACGUAUACAACUGAGCGCAACGAAUUAAGACCCAGAAGAUCCCGGAGACGAGGCCUUAAACUGUCUGUUGGUGGUGGUUGGGUGCCCAUACAGAAAACAAUUAAACUGGAGUGAUGGGCUCCGAUCAACAGUUCUGUUUGCGGUGGCACAAUUACCAGAGCAGCCUUCUUGCGUCCCUUCCACAGUUAUUGGACGGUGAUGACCUUACAGAUGUCACCUUGUCGGCAGCUGGACGCAAUUUACGUGCCCAUAGGGUGGUUCUGUCUGCAUGUAGUCAGUACUUCAAAGAACUCUUCAAGGCACUGCAGCCCUUGCAACAUCCUGUGAUAGUAUUACCAGGAGCAAACUUCACAGAUUUGUGUGCUCUAGUAACAUUCAUGUACAGUGGGGAGGUUAACAUAUAUCAAGAGCAGCUUUCAGGACUCCUCAACUUGGCUGAUGCAAUGCAGAUUCGAGGCCUUGCUGAAGUUAAUGGGUCUGCUGGAAAACUUGGUGGUAAUGAAACAGUUCCAUCAUCAAAGAAAGAAGUAGCUACAUCGGCAAAACGAACCAAAAUGUCAGCCCAUGCACCUGCAGGAACACUGUUGUCAAAUCAGUCUCCAGCAGUAGAAAUGAAGCUACCACAGGCAGAAACUGUUGAUGUACAUGGACAUUUUAUGAAAACAAAACUGACAGAAUAUGAAAUGUAUGGAGGAAAUGGAAGCCGAACUGUGAAGCAAUUAAGUGUCGAAAAUGACUUACAUUAUGGGGCUGUACAAAAGGAAGGUGGAAUGAAAACAGUGGCUAUGCCUGAAAACCUAGAUCUGUAUAUGGAGACAGAGGAUUCUCUGCACCAGUCCUCGCCAAUUCUGGGACUUCCCUCAAGCAUUGAAAACUCUGCUUCUGGUGGAACUAGGGUAAAAAUUGAACGGGAACAUAACAGUGAAGGAACAGGAAAUAGCAGGAUCUCCCCUGAUUUGGCUGCUGUUUUGAAAAGGGCAGCAGGCAUUGAAGAUAUGGAAUUGGGAAGUGCUGAGAAUUCUGCUGUUCAUGCUCAACAGUCCCCUUCUUCUGAAGAUUCUGGUGGUGGAAAUUUUGGUCCAGAUGCAGCAACAAUGGCAGCAGCAAAUAGAAUUCAUCUGAGUCCAGGUCCGCACUUUUCCAAUUUCAAGCUUAGCUCUUCCUGUCCUAGCACUCCUCACACGGCCAGCACCAGUACUGGCAAGCUGUUCGCAACCUGCCUGGUCUGCGGAAAGCAGCUCAGCAACCAGUACAAUCUGCGCGUGCACAUGGAGACACAUCAGAAUGUCAACUAUGCUUGUGGCGUGUGCAGCCACAUCUCUCGUUCACGUGAUGCACUCCGAAAGCAUGUCGCUUACAGACACCCUGGUGAAGGGAGAGAGAAGGCUACGUUGGUGGGGCCUAGGGAACGCAGAUGUGGGCCAGAGGGGAGGAACCGAUCUAUGUUGGGGUCUGGGACAAACGGAGCGGAUGUGAAGACCAGAGUUCCACUUGGAUUAGGCAGUAAUGGUUUAGGAGCCCAGGGUUCAGAAGGGAUGUUUGUAGCAGGCAGCAAUGGAAUAGGAGGCAUUUUAGGGAAAGGGGUAGAUAUGGUGGGUGAAGAAAUGGCCAGUAGUGAAAUCAAAGUAAUAACUGAUGAGGAUAAUAAGCUUGCUUGAUGGAGAGUUUUGUUUGUGUCAGUAGAGGGAAAUGACAUCUGUUCGACACUGUUUGGAAUUAUAGUUUUAUUGCAGAGGUGUCAUAGUUGAUAUUGCGAGAGUUACAUUGGAAUGCUAGCAAAUACCUGAAAUAUCAAGUUCUUUAAUGAAGCUGCAUGCAAAAUUUAAGAGAUUGAUAUAAGUAGGUGGUUGGUACAUGCUUCCAGGAAUAGUGUCCCUUUUGUUGAAGUAGAAAUGUUUUAAUGAUAUCUCUGUCAUAUCAAGAAUAGAGCAGAUAAUCAGAAAGUUGUGAUAUUGGGGUUAUCUUUCAGAUAUUUGAAAGUGUGAUUUUUGUUUAUCUGCAUGUUCAUAUGAUAAAUUAAUAAUAUAGGUCUUCUCCCAAUGAAUAGUGUAAAACACUGUUGACAAUGAGUCUUUCAAAUCAACUGAAUCUGCCUUGAAAGAUACAUUUUAAUUUAGAUUUUAAACAGGGUUCUAAAUGUGUAAGUUAGCCUAGAUACCAGUAGUUGCAGCUGCAGCUAAGAUCGAACAGGAAGGAAAUCAGCAUGUUUAUAUCUGUUACUGUUAGUUUGUUAACUAUCAUACAACCUCACAGACACAGCUAUAUAUGUAUAUAUAUAUAUAUUUAUUACAGAACAUUGACCUAUUUACAUUUUUAUCUAUAUUCUAUAUAUUUAAUAUAUUUACUUCAGCAGUCACAUAGCUCUGUCCAGAGCUGUUCAAGGCCAGUAUAUUUCUAGAGAAUCUGAUAGUUCACAUGAAAAUAUCCUUGUGAUACUGACAUACCUAGACUUUCACAUUUUCUGCAAUAACUUAUUUUAUUGCAUAGUUAUGAAACAAAGACUCUAGGUGUACUUGUUUAAUUAAUUGACCACUUGUCCUAUGAUUUUUUUUUCUGAAUGUGGUGCCAAAGAAACAUUACUUUAGUUCAGUUAUGUGAACUUUUAAUUUAAAGUAAUCAGUUUGUAACACAAGAACAUUAUCUAUGUUUAAACAUCUUCAUUAUUAUCCUUAGUUAUCUUGGGCUGUGCGUUGAUUGUUUGCAUUGUGUGGUAGACCUGAAUUUUUAGUUCCACCUGUUGUACAGCCUGUGUGUCCACAGAACUGUUGGAAUUUGAGUCUGUAAAUUUCUGCUUCUGACAGUCUCAUUUCCAGGCUCAUCAAUGGAAAUGUCUUCCAACUUCCUCUUUACUGUCAUAAUCAUCACAGCUCUUUUCAUGUCCCAUAAUCACAAAAUAAUAUUCAUGUCAUGUCUGUGAUUACAACUACUUGCAAGAAACCACCAAAUGAAGAUAUAAUAUAUAAAUAAAGACAAAUAAGUACAAAAGAAAUCUGCCAUAGGUAGUAUCUAUAAGUGAGCUACUGAUCACUGGUUCUAUCUGGCGAGAAGAUGCUCAGCAUGUUGCCAGAAAUGAAAAACUCUGGAUAUUAAUUCAUAGCCACAAAAUUCUAACUGCUAUAACUUAAUGUGGGUUACUAUAUUUAGGGCAAAGUUUUAAACCCAAUUUAAUUUGUUAUAACAAAGGAAGUGGUGAAAGCCAGGUGGUUCAUCGGCUUCUUUCCCCUUGAACUAGCCAAGUUUUGCAGUGUAAUUGGAGGCAUAUGACAACUGUUUUAUGCUUGUGUACAAAGUUUUGAUAUGUGAUUAAUGAAGCCUUCUGUCUACCUUGACUGGCUUCAACUUAUUUUCAUGAGGUUUGAGAUUUUGUUAGGAAUGUUGAGUGUUUAUUAUAUUUGUUUGCCUGUUUGCAAGAGUUCUUUUUCUUUUAUCAAGUCCUUGGGCUACAGUAGGAACUGAAAUAUGUUUUAGAAACAUUUGUAUAUCAUUGAAAUAAAUGGGUUUCUUGAAAAGUGUAACAAGAACUUUAAAAGAAUGUGAACAUCCAGCUGUAGAGAAGGGCUAUGAUUAUCUUAUGACAUACAUAGAUGUAUUACCUUAUUUUAAUUCUGUGGGGGACUUCAACAGUUUUUACAGAGCAUAUAUUUUCUUAUUUUGGGUUUCUUUGUAUUAUAGACUGUUUCUUAAUUUACUGGAAUAGAUUAUAAUACCAAAGAUUUCAACAGCUAGCAGUCAUUUACUCAGAUGUACAAUAGUACCUAAAAUGCUGAGAUACCAAAUAAUUUUAUAUUAUUUUAUAUAUGGCCAGUGACUGAACUGCUCAAAGCUUGUUUAUUCAUGUGCGUCAUCUUGUGCCCAGUAAUACUGUUGCUCAUAAAGUGGGGAAAUUAAUUUUAAAUUCCCUUUGUUGAUUGUUUUUGUUUUAUUUUGUUAAGUGUUGUACAUGUGUUUCUAGUUCAUUGGUUUUACUAUACCAUAAAGAGUUGUGAAUUUGCUGUGAUUAAUAUUGUUUGCAGGUAUUUUUAUUUCAAUUUACAGUGGUUUGAUUUAAUAGGUUGGUUAUUUUGUAAAACUUCGCAUGAUGAAGUGAUGGGAUGAUUGGACCUAGGUGUGAGACAUUUGAAUGCUAGAAUACCGGUUGUAUAAUAUAUGUUUUCAAGUAAAAAGCAAUAUUGCAGAUUACAGUUGUUAGAAAAUUAGUCUUGCCAUUAACAUGAGGUACCACACAGUGUGUACUGAAUGUUUAAAAAAAUAAAAUUUUACUUGAAUGUUUAUAUUUGGUUUCAAAAGUUAGACACUUUGUUAAUGUGCAUCCCACAGUGGCAUUCAAAUGUUUGGUUAUAGCUGUACAUGAGUGGGUUUGUUGUGGAGCAGAGUGCCCAAGGAGGGUUGUAGGGUUAAGUGACAUUAAGAAUGACUGAUCGAGAAUGAAUGGAGUUAUGUUAUAUCCCACAGUCGCUGAGUCCAAUGGAUACCUGCUGCAUAUAACCAUUGUCUUUUCACAUGGUUAGAGUAAUAGCUUCAGCGCACACAACUGUUUCUUGUAGAAUGUUGAUCAUGGGAUAAUAUUUUGAAGUUUUCUGGUUUGUGUAAUUUACUGAACCUGUUUUCUUAGGCCUGUUAGCACUGUAUUACACAUUAUAGUUUUCCGUGUAGUCUGUUCACUAGUCAGCCAGUCCUGGUGGGAUGUUUUAAAUACUUCCAUAACACCACCAGAUUCCAUCCAUGUAAAUCAAGUUUAAUGUUGUGCUCUUAUAUAUUUUACAAAUAUAUCAUUCUAAGUUUAAAAGCUUUAGUGCCAUGAAAUAUUUGAGCUUCUCAUAUAUUACAGAAACAAGUAUAUCCACAUAUGUGAAACUCUUAGCAUAUGUUAUCGAAGGUGUUGCCAAAGUCCGCCAUCACUAGGGUCAUGCUUGCAGUUGUUAUGUAGUAUGAUAUUGAACCAAAGAACAUCUACAGAUGAACUAAGUUUCAAGUAUUUUAAAACUGCCAUUCUUGCAGUUGUGAAACCAGGAAGGGUGACUUCCAAAUACAACAUUAAUUACAUUAUAUAUUUUAAAUAGUAAUAUGUGGUUAAACCAUUUGUUCUCAGAAUGGCAAUUAUGUGUGCCUUUUAAAAAGCUCAAAGAGAAGUAAAGAAAGAAUGGAAAUAUGUAAAAGUGGA